AUGUCGUCUGCUUCUGUAGAGGGGGAUGGCGUGUCUCCUGCUAAUCAUACGAUCAACAGAAGUGAAAUGUUUCAGACAUUUCAGUCCUGGGCCCUUCAGAAUUACGGAGACAGUGGUAAAACGAAAACUGUCACAGAGAAAAAGUAUAAUAGGAUAGUAAGAAUAUUGACAGGCGAGGAACCAUCUUCUGCAGAAAACUCCAAGUUCAGGUUUUGGGUCAAAGCUAAAGGAUUCCGUUUGGGACCAUUUGAUGGAAUCGACACAAUCCAUGGACUUAAAGAGACUUUCCUUUACGUACCAACGAAACAGGUGACUGACUCAAACAGCAAUGACAUGGACAGAGGAUAUAAACGGGUCGCCAUCGUCGAAGACUUCUUUGAAAUCAUUUAUGGUGUGCACGUGGAAAUGGACGGGCGAGGAGGCAAACACGCGGGUCAAAAACGCACGUACAGAGCGAUUGCUGAAACUUACGCGUUCUUGCCCCGAGAAGCGGUGACACGAUUCCUCAUGUCAUGUUCUGACUGUCAAAAGCGCAUGCAUCUUGGAACGGAAAACACAGCUCCUGUCGAGGAACUCCAAACAAACGGGGUCCCGAAUAACAACGAAAAAGAAUUUCUGAACACUUCGCCAAUCAUCGAUUUCAACGUACCAAUCACUCAAACAUAUCUAAAUCAGAUGCGAAACAGAGGCUAUUUUUCCGAGUUCAACUUCAACGAUGAUGAGAGUAUGUCGAGUGCUGAUAGUGUAGCCAGUGGUGAACAAAGUCCCUCGCCCACAGCCGAGGACGCCAACGGUAACCACACCUCCGUAUUAAAACAAGAAUCGACAUGUGAAAAUGGUGAGGGCCUGACCCCGGUGAACCUUUCAACGCCCCGAGGGCUACGUAUGACAGACAGUCCACUGGAGGACGAGAGGGCGUUGUCCCUGGCUAUAAUCAGUAAAUCACCUAUCCCGUCUACAGUUGGCCAUCCCGAGAGGAAGAGGCGUGCCAGUGAUGACAGCUGUGAGAGUUCAACGAGAGCGAGUGAGGGAGGAACUGUUGACGAUCUACAAGGAGGCAAAGAUGACGACGACGAUGAUGACAUGGACGAUGACGAAAAGCUCCUGUCUACAGGGAAAGAAUAUGAUCCCGAGCGUUUAAAAUCAUUCAAUAUGUUCGUGCGUUUGUUUGUUGAUGAAAAUUUGGAUAGAAUGGUUCCUAUUUCGAAACAACCUAAAGACAAAGUCCAGGCCAUCUUGGAAGCAUGUGAUCGGCAGUUUCCGGAAUUUCAUGAGCGAUCCCGAAAGCGAAUCCGUACCUACCUCAAAUCGUGUCGGAGAAUGAGGCGAUCCAAGGAACAAAACGGAUGGGAGCCGCAGAUCAGACCCACGCCCCCACAUCUGACGUCAGCAACUGCCGAGAGUUACCUGGCACAGGCGUGUGAGAAUGAGAGCCAAAACGCCAAAAGAAUGAGAAUGGGACUUGAGCCACUUCCGGCUGGUUCUAUGCCUUCCGUACUUAGCACGACCAAUCAGACUACAGCACAGCCCGCAGUUCAGCCCGCCGUGGUCCAGUCUCAGCCCCCGCAGCAGGCCACACCUUCGCCUCACUCCCAGCCCCCAUCCAGAGCCUCACCCCAGGCCCCUCCUGUCUCUCAGAUUGAACGUCACCCUCCAUCUACUAAUGAUUUCAUGCGUCACCAGCCACCGCCUGCCUUCAGACCACCCCCGGAGUUCCAUCCGCCUUUCUUCACCAAUGGAAACGGCAUUUUUCGUCCCGGAUUUCCGCCAGGUUACCAACAUCCGGCGCAUCACCAUCCACCAGUGCUUCAACAUAGCCCAAUAGCACCAACAUCUGUUCAGAACGGCCCAACGGACCUAAGCAUGAAGAAACAAGCCUCGAAGAACCAACUGAGCGCCAGUGAGGUGGCGACGAUCAAACAACUGAUAGCCGGCUACAGGGAGUCGGCGGCCUUCCUUUAUCGAUCAGCUGACGAACUCGAGCAGCUGCUACUGCAACAGAACUGACGGACAUCAUCUCUAUUUUAAACU